GCUGUGGGGGGUGUAGCGUUGGAUCGCCUCCACGUGGUGCACCCUGGGUAACGCCAAAUGAUCCAUCCUCCCAAUCCUAAGGUGUAACACCAUCGUGCCAACGGGAUGCAUGGUACAGGGAGUAAAGUGUAUCUGAAGCGAUGCCCUAGAGAGAUGGCGAACUCUAGGGGAAUAUAGCCUUGGUGCGGUAAGGGCGCACUGCCGUACUCGACAUUUAUUUCGACCCUACUCGUGGGAACAAUCGUGGAACCAAAGAGAAACAUUAAACAAGCGGAGAGGGACUCAGAAAUGGGCGACCUCUCCGAAGAAACAAGAAUGGAAGCUGCGGGAACAGCAGACCAUAUAGAACACACGGACAAGGGAGCUGUGGAAACAGCAGACCAUGCCGAGGAGAGAGGUAUUGAAGCUGACCAGCUAGAAACAAGCCUCGAGAAACUAAGUCUCGGGACAAAAAAGCUAUCUGGGGCUCAAAAACGGAGGCUUAAGAAAGCCGAAAAAAUAGCUGCUGGGACGUGGGUUAAAGAGAACCCACAUAAGACCAAAGGCCAAAAGGGGAAAAGUGACCAGACCACGGGAGUGAAAAGGACCCGGUCUGACAACUCGACCCCAACAAAAAACCCCGAGGCCAAAAGACCGAAGGGAAUUACGAAACAAGCAGCUAACAACGCGACCAGGAGCGGUAAUACGCAGACUGGCACAGUUGCUAGCGCUAAAGAGGUAAGGGGCAGUAAAACGCAGACUGGCACUUACGGCGAAGUGACAGACAAACUGAGGAUGGCGGUGGUAGACAGACGUCAUCCUGAGGUAAAACUGAACCAGGAACAAGCAGAACUGGUUCGAACAAAACUGGAAGAGGCUAGUAAAGGGCACUGCAUUAUUGGAUUGGGUGUCAUGAGAACAAAUGGAAGGAAGCACAAUAAGCUGAAAAGCUGCAGUGCCACCGGGGUGCAUGCACGGACGGCUUCCGGAAGAAAAAAAAAAAAAAAGUGCUUUCAAAACCUGAACGAAAUUAUUGCGUCACGAGAAGAGAACUUCUAGCAGUAG